GACAGUGAACGCAAAUUAACCGGGAAUGCUAAAAUCAAGUGAGCCUGAAACCAGACCAACACUGCUGGGGGUGCCAGGAACCACCUGAGAGUACCAAACCUGGUCCAGCACAACGAUGCCCCUGUGCACAAAGCGAGCUCCAUGAAGACAUGGUGUAUUAAGGUUGGAGUAGAAGAACUCCAGUGUCCUGCACAGAGUCCUGACCUCAACCCCACUGAACACCUUUGUUACAAUGCUUCAAAAUCUAGUGGAAAGCCUUUUCACAGAAGAGUGGGGGUUAUUAUAACAGCAAAGGUGACGGUCAGGUGUUUAAACAUAUUGUUUAACAUAGUGUUUAACCCCAUAAAGUUUCAGUAAAAUAAGCCUAAAAUGCCUAUCCAAUUCAUAGCCAAAUUAAAAUUAAAGCUGUUCUUGGACCAUUUAGACUACAUCUAUGGUUUGGGUCUCUUUUGAAAUGGGACACUCUGACGUUUUGUCCCCAUAAGUGAGAAUCACUGUAAGUGCUACUGGAAUUGAGUAAUGGAGGUUGGAACACACUGAAACAGAUUUUUUUUUUUUUUUUUUUUUUGCAUACAGAUGCCUGCAGAUUCCCACAGUUGGAAGCUAUGAACUGGAAAACACAAUUUGACCACAGCACAAAGACUUUCCUAGUCCAAGCCGCAUCCAUCCAUCCACCUUCAUGGGGUAUGCCCAUGAGGUUUUUAUACCAAAACCUUUUGGAGACUCCAAAGGGCUGUUAGUAACCAUGUCCACAUAACUAGGAUAAUAAAAUCCUGCUACUCUUGAUUUUAUUUAGAAUUAUCAUAUCACAUAUCCAACAAUCUACAAAAUGUAUAUUUAUAUGUAUUUUCAUACGUAUACUCAUUCACACUUGGAGAAAUGCACAGAUGGAACUCAAACCAUAGCACUUGGAACUGCACUUCAUGGUUUUAACCAGCAGAUGCCACUAGAGCGCACUGCCUUGAGUACAUUUUGGAAGAAAGCUUCAUUUUUAUUUUUUUACCAGCACAAUAGAGAAGUAUAUAGUUGGAUAGAAUUGCAGACGGUGGAACAGACCAGAACUGUUCGAUUAUAUUCUGUAGUCAGACAGUGAGGUUGAAUAAAAGUGCUGUAGUUGUGGCGUACGGUGCGUGACGUCAGAGGCAGGGGACGAGGGCGGGGAAUGGAGGCAGGGAGUCAGUGCUCUCUCUCUCUAUAACAUUACUAACAACAAACGCUGAGAGCUCGCAUGGAUUAGACGGGCGGCGAAAUACACGUGAUGCUGCCCUCGUCCAGACCUCGCUGUGUGCCCGCGCUCCUCUCUCCAUGGUAAGCGGACAGCGCAGGAAGCUCGAGGCGGCCGAAGGUAUGGAGGCCCCUGUUUCUCAGACACACACUUUACACACUCAGCAAAAGAAACGACCCGAGGACUUCAAAUUCGGCCGAAUCCUCGGUGAAGGCUCCUUCUCAACCGUGGUUUUAGCAAAAGAGCUUUCUACAGGAAAGGAAUAUGCAAUCAAGAUUCUUCUGAAGCUGCACAUCAGGAAGGAGAAUAAAACACACUAUGUAAAAAGGGAGCGGGACAUCAUGUCCAGCAUAGAUCAUCCCUUUUUUGUAAAGCUCUACUUCACAUUUCAGGAUGCUGAAAAAUUAUAUUUUGGACUAAGUUACGCUAAGAACGGCGAACUGCUCCGCUACAUUCGCAAAAUAGGCUCUUUCGAUGAGACCUGCACACGCUUUUACGCCGCAGAAAUAGUCUGCGCUCUUGAGUAUCUACAUUCAAUAGGAAUCAUUCACAGGGACCUGAAACCAGAGAAUAUUUUACUGAGCGAGGACAUGCACGUUCAGAUUACGGAUUUUGGAACGGCGAAGCAGUUUUCCUCCGAUAGCUCUCAAACGAGAGCGAACUCUUUUGUCGGGACGGCGCAGUAUGUUUCACCAGAACUGCUGACUGAAAAAUCAGCAUGUAAAAGUUCGGACCUUUGGGCUCUAGGCUGUAUAGUUUACCAAUUGGUGGCUGGAUUGCCCCCCUUCAGAGCAGCGAAUGAAUACUUGAUAUUCCAGAAGAUAAUAAAACUGGAGUAUGAAUUUCCAGAGAAAUUCUUUCCCAAAGCUAAGGAUCUGGUGGAGAAGCUAUUAUGUUCAGAGCCCACCAAGCGUCUAGGCUGUGAGGAGAUGGGGGGCUACAAUCCCCUGAGAGCCCACGCCUUCUUUGAGAGCAUCUCUUGGGAGAACCUCCAUCUGCAGACUCCUCCGAAACUCACCCCGUACCUGCCAGCCAUGGCCGAGGAUGAGGAGGAGUACUACGGCAAUUAUGAUGACCUCCUGAGUCAGUUCAGCAGCAUGGAGGUUGUUCACUCCAGUUCCUCACAGGCUCUGUCGGUGCUGACCACGUUGUUGCCCCAGAGAUCCACCAGCAACAUCGAGCAGUACAUCCAUGACCUGGACAGCAACUCCUUUGAGCUGGACCUGCAGUUCUCCAGCGAGGAGAAGCAGCUGCUGUUGCAGAAGCAGACCAGCAGGAACCCCUGGCACCAGUUUGUUGAAAACAACUUGAUAUUAAAAAUGGGACCAGUUGACAAAAGAAAGGGCUUGUUUGCUCGUCGAAGGCAGCUGCUACUGACGGAGGGGCCGCAUCUUUACUACGUAGAUCCUGUGAAUAAAGUCCUCAAAGGGGAGAUCCCAUGGUCUCCUGAGCUGCGACCAGAAGCCAAGAACUUCAAGACUUUCUUCGUCCACACGCCACACAGGACGUAUUAUUUAAUGGACCCCAACGGCAAUGCGGACAAAUGGUGUAAGAAGAUCCAAGAAGUCUGGGGAAAGAUUUACCACAAUCAUCAGAAUACAGACAUGUAGAGAGGUGAUCUGAGAGAGAGAAAAGGAGAAUGAGAGAGAGACAAGGCACAUCCUCGUGAACUGAGCCUUUUAGUAGUUAAGCACUUCUAAAGACUUUGGCAAGACCAGCAUUUUAGGAUUAAGUUAAACGUUCAUUCUGCAGUAGGCUUGUGCGAUAUAUAUAAUUUUUACCCCUAAUUGAGAUUUUCUAUUUGAAAAUGUUGCGAAUAACGAUUUAAUCAUUUCUGUUUGUGUUACUCGCUGCCUUUAGACAUAUUAUUUUAAUUCUGUUUACUUUUGAUCAUAAUGUUUUAUUUAGACAUUACAGAUCUUACUCGCGCUACACUCUGUAUCACAGCGUCUGCACUGCCUGUGAGGAGCAACGCGGCCUCGUUACUAACACGUCACUUCCGUUAUAAUAAAUGACAGAAGUUACACUGAUGCAGCAUAUAAUGACAAUAAACUUAAAUUAAAUGAAAUCUUUUAAGCAGCUCGCGACAGCAUCACUGUCGUGCUUCCAUGCUGCACAAACUCCGCUUUAUAAAGUUCUCUGCAGUGUUUAAUAUAAAAUGCUCCCUUGCCUUAGAGGACUUGGAGGUCGCACACUUUCUUCCUCAGUCACGUGACGAUUUCGCCUCCGUCUGAUGGAGACUGAGGUCAUGUUGGGAAUAAAAGGUAACGGUGACAUAAACAGUAAACUGAAGAAAGUCAUUGUCGGUGACUCUGGGUAUUAGGCUAAAGAUGACGUCAUGCGCCACUGACUAGGAAGCGGCUUAUACUUCCGGUUAUUAAAAAAACGGCUGGGGUUCCAUUUGAGAUAUUACCUUUCUAAAAUCCACACACUAGACGGUGGAGUAUACAAUGCAUAGGGUAAGUGUAUAGUACUUCACACAACUUUAGUAUUUACUCUCCAAAGCGUGUUUUCGGAACAGAAGUAACGUAAUGAGUUAAUAUACGCUGUGCUGCGGGCAGACCAACUAAUUGAUAAUGAGAUUCAUUCAACAAUUUUCAUAAUCGAUUAUUAUCAAGUUUAUGAAUUAGUUGUUGCAGCUCCAAUUUUUAUUAUAUAUAUAUAAAUAUAUAUAUAUAAAAUAUUUUAAAUUGGUUCUCUAAUGCGUCAUGUGGACAUUAUAAUAUAUAUACAACAUUUUCUCCGUUGCUGUCGCUCACAAUGCGUAUUUAAUCACUUGUUAAUUUAUCACUAACAAAGCAUUUGAUUUGACAGUUGACGACGUAGCCCCCCCCCCCCCCCCCCCCCCAGAAUUUUCUGUGACAUCCUUAAUAACUAUUCUUGUCUAAUAUAGCACUAUUCGGACAGGAUACAAUUUACACCUGUCCUUGUCCGAUUUAGUUUCUCUCCGUAUCGGACAUGUCUCUCUUUUUUUUUUUUUCCUUUUUUUUUUUUCUCAGUCCUCUAAGAAAAUUACAGGCCUACCGCUCGUCUGAAUUUUUAGUCUGUAUGUUUCUGUAGUUUCAGUGUAUUUUGGAGCGAUAACGCGGUGUUUUUGCCGAGAAUACAGAACGCGUAAAAGUUGGCAGGUCUGAUAACAUGAACGUAACAUAAUAUCACGUGGAGACGAUAAUAUUGUAAUAUCGCACAAGCCUGAAGAAAUCCACUGAUGUUCUGCUCAGUGCUCACGAGCUGUAGUGUUAUUCACAUUUACAAUCGAACUGUAAUUUAUAUGGAUAAGAACCAGUGCACCGCUAGCGUAAGUCUGCACAUAGCUAAAGGCUCCACAUGCAUCAAUUUGUGUUCCCUUUAAGGGCUGCAAUCAAGUUCAACACAGCUGUCUGUCGUAUCAGGACGUACACAGGUACUCGAAUCAUUUUGAAAGUCGGUGGAGGAAGAGAAACGCCAGAGGAUUGCAUUUUGCACUGAACUGUACAUAAAGGCAGUACGAGUGUAUUUAUCAGCGUACGACUGCUGUAGAUGUUUUCAUUGCACCUUCCUCAUCCGAGGACUUUUUUUUUUCCAGCAUGAAAAUCAGUGCCUGUUCUGUUGGACUUAUUAACCCCAGACUCCUUAUUUAUUAAAGCGUGAGUAUACUGGGAGUAUACUGUACCCCCCUGUGUUUCUCUUCCUGUACAUUUAUUGUUUAUACGUUUGUGCUAUCAGGGAAGUCCGAUGAGUGACGGUUUGAUGCCUGGGAUUACAAACGAGACGUUCAGGUUGUUCUGUUGCCACAAAAACAAUAACUACUUUUAGCAGUUCCGUUAAGUCCUGCAUUCAGGAGGCUUUGGUGCUGCGUUAUAAAUUUAAAAGACUAUAAUUCUAUGCUAUUUAUGCAGAUUGGUAUGGUUCUGGCGUUUAUAGUGGCAUUUUAUUUGUACUUUUGUGGUUGUUGGUUUGGUUUUUUUUGGUUUACAGAUCAGAUUUAGAUUUUUUUUUUUUUUUUUUAAAUACUGAUUCUUAAAGUGCACCUAUUAUGGUUUUUCAAAUAUUACCUUUCAUGUAGUGUGUUUAUAUAUGUAGCUGUUUGUGAAUGUAAAAAAGUCUGCAAAGUUUCAAAAAUCAAAGAGCACGACGAACGGAGUUAUUGACUCCCAAAAGAAGGAACCGAUUCUGAACAGCUGAAACGAGUCGUUAGUGAUUCCAGAUUUUACUUUGUGUACUAACCUACAUAGGUUUAGAGAAUGCUUUCUGAAAGUAGUAGUUUAGAACGAAUCUUUUAGAACGGAUCAUUUAACACUGCGGAAAAAAAUGUAAUGCUGCAAUUUAAAUUAUGAGCACGUUAAAGUGUUUUUUGACCUCGGAUGUAUGUAAAUCUAUUGUAUGAGAGCUUUAAAACAAAAUUAGGCACAUUUCAAAACCAUAAUAGGUGCGCUUUAAAAUUCAGAUAAAGGUACACUUUAUUUGCUACACAUUUGGGUUUUUUUUUCAUGUCGUUUUGUGGAAUUUAGCAGGGUUUUUUUUUUGUUUGUUUUUUUGUUUUUUUUACAGUUUUAGUGAAAUCCUCUGUAAGAUCUAUAAAUGCAGUCUGAAACACAACGACAUGCUGUAUCAGUCAUAAUUAACACAUGGAUGUGGGUUUCUCCGGACGGAAUUUGUACAAUUCUACCUGCUCUGUGGCCGAAUACAACUGUGAUGUACAGAUAUUCAGAAAGUAACUUAAUGUUACAAAGAUACAGCUUUUUAUAUUUUUAUUCUUCUAUAAGAUUAUUCGCUGACCGUGGUUCAGCCUUACUGUUGUUUGUGUUUUUAUUUAAAUUCUAAUAUAUGGAUGGUGUUUUGUUUUAAGAGAUCGCGCAAGUUCAGGGGCCGUCGUGUAUGUCCUGAGAUGUAAAAGAUGUGAAAAAAAGAAUUGUAAGCUGUUUAUCUUUUGCUACCUUCUCAUUUCAUUGUACAUUUUCUGUUUUGUUAUUAAAUUAAUUAUGUCCAAUUUGUUUUUUUUGUUGUUGUUUUUUUUUAAUGUUUAAUCUCCUGGGUUUUGCGUGUUAUUUAAAGAUUGAUGUAGGAAUGUGUCACGUGACCACAUGGCGACUCCUGUAAUAAAGGCAUGUACCGUA